AUCAGGUCAAGAUAGAAAUCCAACCUCAAAGAAGAUAGACUGUGAGCCUAUGUAGGCUGUUUUGGUUCUUUAUUUAUAUAUUUAUUUGAGUUUUGCUUUACCUAAAGAGAAUUUUAAAAAUGAUGCGUAUGACUGAGCUUCAGAGCCAGAAGAAUUCUCUGUUCACGGCUAUGAACCGCUUUAUCGGCGCCGUGAACAACAUGGACGAGACGGUGAUGGUGCCGAGUCCGCUGCGUGACGUGCCGCAUGCGUGCACCGGUGAGGCUGGAGAUUACCUGCGAGCCGCAGAGGCUGACAUGUACACCUACUACACCCAGCUAAAAACCAUUCGCAAUGAGAUCGAGUGGGGAGCCGUGCUGCGAAGCGAGGAACCGCAAAGACCUGUGGAGAAAGCAGCCGAGCCUGCAGAGUUGGAGAGUCUGCUGCGAUUCCAUCUGAAGGGGCUGUACGGUGUACUGUCCAAACUCACCAGCCACGCCAACGAGCUCACCGACCGCUACAAGCAAGAGAUCGGCAUAGCUGGAUGGGGACAAUGAGACAGAAAGACUGGCGAAGGCUCAAACCCUCAUGCCGGGGUACUGAAAGUAUUUCCUUUUGGGACUAAAGUCAUGUUCGGUGUUGACCAAUGCUGAUGUCAAGUGUCAAGCCACCUACCUGUUUGCACAUAUCUUAACUCCUCAAAUGAUACUAUACUAAAUUGUAUACCUGAGAUACACUGUAUUUGGGAACCGUGUUAUAUUGUUAUGCACAGAGAGAGUGGGCAGAGGACUACUCUGGUCUUGUGAUGCAAUCUCUCUCUUGCAUCAACCCUUCAACUCUACAGAAAGUUUAUGUAUUUACAGUUGAAUGUAUUUAUUUUUAUUGUGUAACCUAUUCAUAGGUAGUUUCACUGAAAGGAAAAUGAUUUGAAACUACCUGCAAGUCAAUGAAUUGGAAUGCUCGGAAAAGUACAAGUUAUGAAGAGCUCCUUGAGAUGUUUGUUUUUUGUUUUUUUUGUCAUUUGUCCAAAACAUUUAUUUUAUAUUUGACAUUAUUUUAUAGCAAAAUAAAGCUUAUAUGUUUAAUACAUUUA